AUGCCACCCCCAGGAACUCCCCUCAGACUCCUCUGCCUGCACGGCUACACGCAAUCGGGCCCCCUCUUCCACGCCAAAACCCGCGCCGUGAUCAAGCACCUCACCAAAGCCCUCAGCCCAACCUACACCGUGACGACGAGCUACCCGACCGGCCCGCACCGCCUCCUCCCGUCCGACAUCCCGGGCUACGAGCCCUCGACCACCCAAGGUGGGAUUGCGUCCACCGAAGAAGUCGAAGACCCCGAGGCCUACGGCUGGUUCCGCCGCUCCAACACAGCCAACCCCCCUCUGUACUCGGGGUUGGAGGAAGGCCUCACCACGCUGGCGCAGGUGAUCCGGGAUGAGGGCCCCUUCGACGCGGUGGUGGGGUUCUCGCAGGGCGCCGCGAUGGCGGCGAUGGUGGCGUCUUUGCUGGAGACCGGGCGGUUGACGGUGGUUGAGGGGUUUGAGGAUCCCGAGACUGCGUGCAGGGGGACGGAGUUUAGUGGGGUGGAGGGGUUUAAGGUGCCCGAGGCGUUGAGGGCGGUGUUGGCGGAUGGUAGUAGUGGUGCCGGGGAAAAUGGUGGCGGGAACAGGCAAAAGCAGGGCCCGUUGAAGUUCGCGGUGUGCUACAGUGGGUUCCGGGCGCCGGGGCCGCGGUAUCGCGCGUUCUAUGAGCCCGGGAUCAAGACGCCCGUCUUGCAUGUGUUGGGAACGUUGGAUGCCGUGGUGGAUGAGGGGCGGAGUCGCGCGUUGAUCGAGGCGUGUCUGGGGGAUCCGGAGGUUGAGGGGAGGGUCGUGUUCCAUCCCGGCGGGCAUUUUGUGCCGAGUCAGAGGCCGUAUUUGGAUGCGGUGGUUCGGUUUAUUCGGGAGGUCUUGGAGGCCGAGGAAGGAGGCAAGAAGAAGGGGGUCAUGGAUGAGGAUGUUAAUGAUAUGGAGUUGCCGUUUUGA